UACAUACCAAAUUUUAAGUUUUAAUUAGUGUCCAAAAUCUAUAUGGCCACCAAACUAAGCUUGUCACUAUUUCUUUGCCCAUUACUAAUAUUGAUCAACUCAACCCUAUUUUGUGAUGCUGCAGCAUCUUACAAUGUUGUCAUGAGGUUCGGGGCCAAAUCGAAUGGCCAAAGUGACUCCACCGAGGCGUUUCUUCAAGCAUGGGCUGCAGCGUGUGCCUCUACUGAGUCUGCUCUUAUAUAUGUCCCGAAGGGUAGGUACUUGCUUCGGCCUCUUAUUUUCUUAGGGCCAUGCAAAAGCCCUCACAUAAUGUUUAGAAUCGACGGAACCCUAGUGGCUCCGACGGACUACCGUGUGCUUGGUGGAGUUGAGAAUUGGAUUAAUUUCAAAAGAGUGAGUAGUGUUACUAUUCUUGGUGGCUCACUUGAUGCCAAAGGACCUGCCUUGUGGGCUUGCAAAGCUAAACCCAACAACUCUUGCCCUACUGGAGCUACGACUUUGACCAUUACAUACUCAAACAACAUCAAAAUCGUGGGACUCUUAUCAUUAAACAGUCAAAUGUUCCACAUUACAAUAAAUCAUUGUGAAAAUGUAGAGAUAAAAGGAGUUAGAAUAUUAGCUAAGGAAAAUAGCCCUAACACAGAUGGCAUUCAUCUUCAAUUUUCAAAAAACAUAGCAAUAUUUAACUCUUCAGUUAAAACUGGUGACGAUUGUGUCUCAAUUGGUCCGGGCACUCAAAACCUUUUGAUUCAACGCAUGGCAUGUGGUCCUGGUCACGGCAUUAGCAUUGGAAGCCUUGCUAAAGAAUUGGAAGAAGAAGGUGUUCGAAAUAUUACGGUUAAAGAAGUUGUUUUUACUAAAACCCAAAAUGGGGUUAGGAUAAAAUCAUGGGCUAGACCUAGUUUGGGAUUUGUUAAGGAAGUUCAGUUCUUCAAUAUUGUCAUGAGAAACGUUCGAAAUCCUAUUAUUAUUGAUCAGAAUUAUUGUCCUCACAGUAUCGAUUGCCCUAAUCAGGUAUCAGGUACAAAAAUAAGCGAUAUAGUAUAUCGAAACAUCAAAGGAACAUCUACAAAACCGAUUGUGAUGAAAUUUGAUUGUAGCAGUAAAUAUCCUUGCACUGGAAUUGUACUUGAAGAUGUGAAUCUAACAAGUUAUGAUGAUACUAAGGUGACCCAGUCCAUUUGUGCCCAUGCUCAUGGAAAGUCUGUUGGCCUAGUUCUACCAAGUAGUUGUUUAUUAAAGUGAUAAUCAUAAUUAGUUAUUAAUCAUUGUCAAAAUGCAAAUAAGCUUUUUUAUUUAUUCUAGUAAUUUGUUGUGUAUUGUUAUUUAUUUAUUUAUUUAUUUUUUUUGUAAUUUUAACAUCAUAUAUAUACAUAUAGAUUACUUUUUAUUAUGAAGUAAAUAUACUUAAUUUAAAUUGAAUAAUUAGGGUUUUGUUCCCGAAUUUACGAUAGUACCAGAUCAUGUCCCUUAAAGUAUAGUGAAAAAUAAAAUAUGGAAAAAUAGUAUAGAAAAUAUAAGAUCCAUUUUAUCAUUUAACAAAAUAGAGAAUCCAAUUAGUAACUUUUACAAAACACGGAAUCUAAAAUUGCUGAUUU